CACAAACGGGCCCAGAUUUGAAGUGCAAACUUUAAUUAAUCAGAUAACCUAACUCGCAUUCAUUUGUGGAAAAACGACAAGGGGACGCAUCAAAAUUUCAUAAUAAUGUUGGGCAUUAGAGCAAAAACAAGAGUUAGAAGUUCCUGAGAACUGGCUUUAGUUCAGGUGACCGAGACCCGUCUCUGCGCUGCCAGGAUGAUCUGUUUCAAAAGCUCCAGCAGGAGCAAAUAUCUCCAUGCGCAGUAACCCGGGAGUGGACAGCCCGCCUUCUCGGUGUUCACAGACGCGAGCAGCGAUGUGGACGCCGCUCCCAAUAUUCCUGCUCCUGUUUGUCCCGUUCUUUUACGGAUGCACCAGUUUCGUGUGCCCGAGAAUCUGCCGGUGUUCCUCCGAGACGAUCAGAUGCAGGGUUACAGGAGAGGUGGGAAGGGAUCAGAGAAACAUAAGACUGUUUCUUUAUCAUCUUUCUUUUAAAACUAUAUCAAGCCAUUCUUUUGAGGACUUGACAGGAGUUCAGAGGAUUGAGAUUGCUCAAAGUAUAACCCUGGAAACCAUCGAGGCAUUAGCAUUUAACAACCUUCUCAACCUCUCUGAGAUUUCAAUCCAGAACGCAAAGAGUCUCAGGCACAUUGACAGAAGAGCCUUCAACAACCUUCCAAAUCUUCACUACUUGAGCAUCUCAAACACUGGGCUAACACUCUUCCCUGAUGUUACAUCAGUCAGUUCUCUCAAAUCAGAAUUUAUUCUGGAAAUAUGUGACAACCUUCAUCUACUUGAAGUGCCUCCAAAUGCUUUCACUGGAAUGACUGACGGAUAUGUUACAUUGAAUCUCUACAACAAUGGUAUCAGAGGAAUACACAACGACGCCUUCAAUGGGACAAAGAUAGAUAAGCUAGUACUGAAGAAUAAUCGAAACCUUGAAGUGAUCCACAGAGACGCUUUCCAAGGAGCCACUGGUCCUGGGGUCCUGGAUGUUUCUGCAACAGCUCUCACAAAGCUACCUGCUCACGGACUGGAGUCGGUUCUGGUGUUGUCUGCUCAGUCAGCAUACGGUAUAAAAAGUUUGCCUCCUCUGAAGGGACUGGGCAGCCUUCGAGAGGCCCACCUCACCUACAAUAGUCACUGUUGUGCCAUUCUGAGCUGGAGCACUCAUAGGGACUUCUCAGUUAAUCACUCUUGGGAUAAUAUUUCUACAUCUUGCGAAGAAGGGAAUCCAUCAGCAAGAUUUCAGAGGGUUACUGGAGGCACAGCUGACACACCUCCGCUUGUGGGCGUACCCUUUUUUUCUGAAGCUGACCUGCAGGAUAUCAACUUCCAAGAUCUGGAUUUCCACUACCCUGAGCUGGACUUCUGCCGCUCCCACCCAAUAAUCUGCACACCUGAAGCAGAUGCUUUCAAUCCCUGUGAGGACCUCUCCGGUUUUAGUUUUCUCAGAGUUGCUAUUUGGUUCAUCAACAUACUUGCUAUCACAGGCAACCUGAUGGUGCUUCUGGUUUUCUUUACCAGUCGGAAUAAGCUGACUGUGCCUCGCUUUCUCAUGUGCCACCUGGCUUUCGCUGACCUCUGCAUUGGCAUCUACCUUCUGGUGAUAGCUACUGUAGACAUGAGGACUCGGGGUCACUACAGCCAGCACGCCAUUGAGUGGCAAACUGGACCUGGGUGUAGUGCUGCGGGCUUCCUGUCUGUGUUUGGUGGUGAGCUGUCGGUCUACACGCUUUCCACCAUCACCCUGGAGCGCUGGCACACCAUCAAUAAUGCUCUACAUGUAGAGCGCCAUCUGGUACUGACACAGGCUGCAAUUAUAAUGGCAGCUGGUUGGUUACUAUGUCUGGGGAUGGGGAUACUGCCCCUGGUUGGUGUGAGCAGCUACACCAAAGUCAGCAUGUGUUUACCGAUGGACAUAGAGACCCCUCUAGCUCAGGCCUUCAUCAUCAUCAUCCUACUCCUCAAUGUGGGGGCCUUCAUCGCCGUGUGUGUUUGUUAUGUACUCAUUUACUUGACUGUGAAAAACCCAGAGUUCCCUGAAAGAAGCACAGACACCAGGAUAGCAAAACGCAUGGCUGUGCUCAUCUUCACUGACUUCCUCUGCAUGGCACCCAUCUCCUUCUUUGCUAUUUCUGCUGCCUUUAAGGUUCCUCUCAUUACAGUCACCAACUCCAAGAUUCUGUUGGUCCUCUUCUUCCCCAUCAACUCCUGUGCCAACCCCUUUCUGUAUGCUAUCUUCACCAAGGCCUUCAGGAAGGACGCCUUUCAGCUCAUGAACGCCAUGGAAUGCUGUAAAAGCAAGGCCAACAUUUAUCGUUUGAAGGCCUGCUGCUCAGAUAAUGCAAUAAAGAGCAACUUGAGUUCCAAAAACAAAGGAGCCCAGACUGGAAUAAACCUGGCUCCCAUAUCACAGCAGGAUCUGCAAAUUAAGGAUGAGCAAGAGAUAACCUGAAAACUGAAAGGGGCAAAGAAUCUGGGCAUUAGGGUCCAUGGGGUUAAUGAUCUUUAAUUUUUAAUGGAAAUCUUUACAUGUAGUUAUGUCUAUAAAUGACAGUGCUGUCACGCUGCACUGUUGAAGAUUUACUUCGUUUUUACAGUUUUUUAGUUUACUACUAAAAACAUGAAUGCAAUCCUCUGACACAUGAUGCAUCUCUUCAUGUUCAGAUCACAAAAAAAUACAGGUUUAGGAAAUAAUAGCAGUUACAUCAUUAGUCAUGAACCUUCUUGUUUUUCACAUCUAGUGCCUUGCAAAGGUAUUUAUUCCCUGCGGAUCCUUUCAAAUUUUGUCACGUAUAAACUUCAAACUUAAAUGCAAUAUAGGGAUUUUAUUUGAUAGUUCAACACAAAUAAGUAAAUAACUGCUACAAAUAAAAACCUGAAGAGUAUUGUGCAUUUGUAUUCAGCCCCUUUACUUUGAUACCCUAUGUAAAAUCCACCUGCCUUCAGAAGUCAGCUAAGUAAUAGAGUCCAGCAGUGUGUCUUAAUCUCGGUUUGAAGACCACUGUUUUGUGAAGGCUUCAAAUGUUUGUUAGACAACAGAACUGACAGGUUGGACAAGGUGCGCAACACAACCAAGACACCUGUAGUAACUCUGGAGGAGCUGCAGAAAUCCACAGCUUAGGUGGGAAAACUGUUAGUUUUGCACCCCAUAAAUCUGAUAUUUAUGGAAGAAUAGCAAGAAGAAAGGAAUUGUUGAAGAAAACCCAUAAGAAGCCCAAUUAAACGUCUUCAACAAGCCAUGUGGGGGGCACAUAAAGAAGAUGCCCUGGUCAUAUGAGAUCAAAACUGAUCUCACUGUGAAACAUGGUGGUAGCAGCAUCAUGCUGUGGGUAUGCUUUUCUUUAGCAGGGACAGGGAAGCUGGUCAGAGUUUUUGGGAGGAUUGGUGAAGCUAAAGACAGUGCGAUCCUGGAGGAAAACCUGUUAGAGAAGAAAGACGGAAGAUUGGGGUGGAGGCUCAGCAUCCAGCAGAACAACAACUCUAAUUAUAGAGCUGAAAAUACAAUGGAACAAUUUAGAUCAAAGCAUGUGAUAAAGUGGCCUAGUCAAAGUCCAGACCUGAAGUCCUAUUAAGAGCCAGCGGCUAGCCCAUGAAAUUUACGUUUUCAGGCGUCCCCUAUCUAGUUUUACUCAGCUUAAGCCAUUUUAGCAUCUUGAAAGACAAACCCUCAAAGACCUGCAGCUCUAAUUUCUGCAAAGGGCAAUUCUGCAAAUUAUUGACUCCGGGGGACUAAAUCCAAAUAGUUAAUAAUUAUGUUUGUGGUUCUAACGUGACAAUAUGUUAAAAACAAACUUAAUUGAAAAUACUUCUUCAAGGUACUUUAAAAUAACCACAUUGGGACAAAUACAUUCAACCUUGUGAAGAUAAUUGCACAGAAAGAAAUCUUGCGAGCUAUUAACUGUGGUGUGGUUUGUUUUGUUAACUUUUCUGAAGAAUAAACAGCAAAUUUCA